AUGUUUCAUUCUGUUUUGCUUCGUUGCUUAUGCAGCUACUGGGAUUUGGUAUGGAACUUUCCAGGAAAGAAACUUAAAAAGACAAAAGGCACAUUCGAUAGAAUCGAUGCAACAAAAAUGGAAGUGAUCACCAAGAACGAUGACAAAUUUGUGAUGCUACGGAAUUCCUCAGGGUUCUAUACUUAUGCCAUCUUUGAGCGUUUAAAAGGCUGGCCGGCUGUUGAACUCGACAACAUCCGAGUAGCUUUCAGGCUGAACAAAGAAAAGUUUAGUUACAUGGCAAUAGCAGAUGAUAGGCAAAGAUAUAUGCCUUUGCCGGAAGAUCAGUUUCCUCCCCGAGGACAGACCCUUGGUUAUCCCGAGGCUGUUCGUCUUGUCGACCCUAUCGAGCUUCGGUUUAAAGGAGAGGUGGAUGAUAAAUAUGAGUACUCAAUGGAGAGUAAAGACAUCAAAGUUCAUGGAUGGAUAAGCACAAAAGAAUCAGUAGGAUUUUGGCAAAUCACACCUAGCAACGAGUUUCGGUCCGCAGGACCUCUCAAGCAGUUCCUAUCCUCUCAUGUCGGCCCUACAAAUCUCGCGGUCUUUCAUAGCACUCAUUACGCUGGAGCAGAUCUUAUCAUGAGAUUUAAUGAAUGGGAAGCAUGGAAGAAAUUAUUUGGACCAGUUUUUGUUUAUCUUAACUCUUUUCCUAAAGGAAUUGAUCCUCUCUUGCUUUGGAACCAAGCCAAGAACCAGGCAAAGAUUGAGGAAAAGAAAUGGCCUUAUGACUUCAUCGCCUCAAAUGAUUUCCCAUCGUCAGACAAACGUGGAGUUGUUACCGGUAGAUUACUCAUUAGAGAUCGGUAUAUAAAGAAAGAGGAUAUGGCAGCAAAGGGGUCUUACGUGGGAUUGGCUGCACCGGGAGGUGUUGGCUCUUGGCAAAGAGAGUGCAAAGACUCCCUCAUAGAAGCCGGCGUUGCCUAUCGUAUAAAGUUCACAGCUCAUCCCCAUGCUGGUGAGAAAUGGUGUAUCUAUCCGACCUAUGAUUCUCUUGAAGAUAUCACGCAUUCGCUCUGUCCGCUUGAAUUUGAAACCCGGCGGGCACCUUACUAUUGGUUAUUGAAUUCAUUGGGUCUCUACAUCAUGCCGGUUGUGUGGGAAUACUCACGGUUGAAUGUCACAAACACUGUCAUGUCCAAGCGGGUGUAUGAAGGAUCUUCUAACACAGCAGAGAUCAUGAUAGCGUUAGAGAAGGAAAAACCGGCGCCAAUUAAAGAUGAUGAAUGGCGGGAGAUGCAAGAUCUUACUACUUUUAAAGAGAUAUGGGAGAAACUGAAGAAUCUGUACAUGUCUAAGUCGUUGUCCAGCAAGUUGUAUCUCAAGCAGCGUUUGUACGGGAUGAAAAUGUCAGAAGGAUCCGAUCUAAUGCAGCAUGUACAUGCGUUCAAUCAAAUUGUGGGGGAUCAGGCUCGUGUGGGGGUGAAGAUUGAGGACGAAGAUAAAGUCAUGAUCCUAUUGUGUUCAUUGCCUUCUUCGAGCAAAGACAGAAGACAGGAGCAGAUGGUUCUCAUGGUGACGGAUUGUAUGCGAACAAUCAGGAGAGGGCAAGAUUCUGAUUCAGGGGAUAGCGAUCUAUAUGCUGUCAUGUCAGGUCAUCAUGCAGAUUCUUGGGUGAUGAAUACAGGUGCGUCAUUUCAUAUGACUUCUAACCGGGAGUGGUUCGAGACGUGCAAGGAGGGGAAUAUGGGAGAAGUUCAGUUCGUGGAUGACAGGGUCUGUAGCAUUGUUGGUAGUUGUUCUAUAAAGUUUAGGAUGCAUGAUGGGGUCAUCAGGACACUUACUGAUGUUAGACAUGUUCCUGCUGUCAAGAAGAAUCUGAUAUCUUUGGGAAGAAGUUCUGAAGGUGGAGCUGCAGCCGUGGUCUAUGAAUCAGACAGCAUGACCCUCUGGCACAUGCGUAUGGGGCACAUUGGCAAGCAUGGGUUGAAUGAGCUCCACAAGAGGGGUCUGAUGGGAGGUAUGAAGAAUUGUAAGAUGGAUUUUUGCAAGUUCUGUGUGAUGGGAGAACAGUCCAAGGGCUACAUACAGAAUGUUUUAGAAAGGAUUGACAUGGAAGAUGCAAAACUGGUUUCUACAACUUUGGCGAAUCACUUUGAACUCUCAGCUGACCAGUCUCCUAAGUCUGAGAACGAAAUCAGAGGUAUGGAACAAGUUCCUUAUGCUAGUGUAAUUGGUUGUCUUAUGUAUGCUAUGGUCUGUACAAGACCAGAUUUGGCUCAAGCUGGUUCAGCUGAGCAUGGGCUUAUGUUUGGAGGCCAGGAAUGUGGUUCAGUUGUGGCGUAUGUUGAUUCAGAUUAUGCUGGAGCUUUGGACAACAGGAGGUCUACCACAUGGUAUGUGUUUGCAUUGGCUAGAGGACCUAUAUGUUGGAGAUCUGUGCUACAAUUUGUUGUUGCAUUGUCCACCACAGAAGCUGAAUACAUGGCAUUGGGAGAGGCUGCAAAGGAGGCACUUUGGGUUCAAGGAAUUGUGACAGAAUUGGGUGUUGAGCAAGGUGGAGUUCAGCUACACUCUGAUAGUCAGAGUGCAAUAUUUCUGGCUAAGAAUCAAGUGUAUCAUUCAAGGACGAAGCACAUUCAUGUGAGGUUUCACAAGAUCACAAAAUGUGGUAAGAUGUUAAGUUUGACAUUCUCCUUUUGGCUAAUAGAUCUGCAACCUUAUUUCCGCCGAAUUUUACCUCAUCAAACUUAUUCUUCCAAUAGCAUGUUUACUUGA